ACCUUCUCGUUUUAUAUUCCUCCCCUUGGAUCAUCGCCUCCUUAUUGUCUCUCAACCUCUACGAAACGCUCAUCUCAAUUUAUUCUUUUGUUCCCAUCAAUGGCGAAGUACGGCGAAGGCGACAAGAGAUGGAUCGUGGAGGAGAGAGCCGACGGUGCCAACGUCCACAACUGGCACUGGGCAGAAACCGAUUGCCUCCCCUGGUCCAAAACUUUCUUCACCAAAUCGCUCUCCGAUCUCCGCAUCCUCACCGGCGAGGGCAACCUCUACAUCAGGACCAAGAACGUCGACAAGGUCGACGGCGAAGCUUAUGUCAAUAUUCGCAAGGGUAAGAUCAUUCCCGGAUACGAGAUCAGUUUGAGUUUGUCUUGGGAAGGCGAAGCCAAAGAUGGGGAAGGGAAGACCUUGUUGACAGCCGAAGGUAAUGUUGAGAUUCCGUAUAUUGCCGAUGAGAACGCCGACGAGGAUCCGGAAGUUAGGGUUACGGUUAAAGAAGAAGGGUCCAUUGGUAAAACGUUGAAGGAAGCGAUGUUGGCUAAAGGGAAGCCUUUGGUUUUGGAGAAAGUGAGGGAUUAUGUUAAGGCUAUGGCGAGAGGUGGACCUGUUAAAGAUGAAUUGGAAGCUAAGAAAUUGGCUCCAAAAAGUAAUAGUAGUAGUAACAGUAGUUCGGGUGUGGUGUCUAAGGAGAAAGUUGGGGUGGAGAAGGAAGCGAAAAAGGAAGCGAAGAAGGAAGGGAAGAAAGGGUUUAAGACGAUUACGAUGUCGGAGAAGUUUAAUUGUAGAGCUAAGGAUAUGUUUGAGAUUUUGAUGGAUGAGAAUAGAUGGAAAGGGUUUACUCAGAGUAAUGCUAGGAUAAGCAAAGAAGUUGGCGGCCAAUUCAGUAUUUUUGAUGGAUCGGUUACUGGUGUUAACUUGGAGUUGCAAGAAGGGAAGUUGAUUGCUCAGAGAUGGAGAUUUGGGAGUUGGCCGGACGGUGUUGAUUCUACGGUAAGACUUGUUUUCGAUGAGCCUGAGCCUGGGGUUACUAUAAUCAAACUCACGCAUUCAGAUGUUCCUGAGGAGGAUAGAUAUGGGAAUGCAACUGUGGUGGAGAACACCGAGAGAGGAUGGAGGGACCUUAUUUUCAAUAAGAUACGAGCAGUAUUUGGUUUCGGAAUAUGAUUUAUUUUAUCCCUAAAG